AUCGAGAACUGGAAACUUAUUCCGCCGCAUGGCAUAAAAUCGGUGACGUUAUUCUCAGUCCCAAACCUCAAACCUUUUCAGCAUUGCGUUUUUCCGUGUCUCGCUAACAAACCGGACGCUGUUCAGGUGGUUCUCUCCGGUUCCGAAGCGACGCAGAUAUGCCGCAAGCACGAGAGCUUCCAGGGUUCUACUAUGACCCUGAGAAGAACAGGUAUUUCCCCAUCAAAGGUCCAAUUCCUGGUUCUUCUUCUAAGACUAAAAACCCUCCCCUGAAGUCACCUCAAAUCCCUUCCAAUCAGUUACAGGAAAGGAGUAGGAGUUGUUGUAGGAAGCUUAGAAACACCACUUCUAAGUUGCUUCUUGCUAGGGAGUUAGAUGGUCAUCAUGUCAUUGCUUCUCGAUAUUGCAAGAGUAGCUUCACUGAGGAAUUCCGGAAAAUACAAGCGUCUAAACCUACAGUGUGGAAAUAUCGGGGAACUGAUAAGAUAGGUAUUAGUGCUCUGGAACAUUUACGUGUUGAUGUGCAGACGUUAGAGGGUCAAUCUGAAACUGAUGUUUUAUUGACGGGCAGCAUAAAUGGCUCGUUGAGUUUUUCUGAAGUUGGAAGGUUUGGACAAUAUUUUGAUGGUGGGAUAAAAUGGAUGCCUGAUUGUAUGAAGAAUUAUGUUAAAGAGAAAACAAUUGAGCAUAAUGUGGUGCCUGGGCCGGUUUUCAGACCUAAUGGAGCUUCACUGCUUAUGUCCUCCAGAAUUUCUUGUAUAAGAUUGGGUCCAAAAUGCACUUCUCAUGCUGUGAAUGAUGGUCCUACAGUUGGACAUGCAUUAUUCACUACUUUGGGAUCGGAGACAUCUGGUGGAUCACUUUAUACUCUUGGUCUUGUUGAACCAUUAGAUCUUGGGCCAGAUAUACUGAACACAUGGAGCAGACUAGAGGAAAUUGCUUCUUUCAGGUGUACACUUUGGACUGCAGAAUAUGAUUAUAAUAAUCAUCGGGCUAUAAUAGGUACAAAUCUGGGAGGUGCUUCAGUGGAUCUAGAAACUGGGAUGACAUCAUGGUUUUUGCGUUGUAAAAGUGAUGUUUUUGCACAACAGAUUGUUAAUUCAGGAAAUGUGAUUUUAUGUGGGCUCAGAAAUGGGGCAAUUGUCACUGUAGAUUUUCGUGAGAAAAGAGAAAGGUUCUCUGGUAGACUUAUUACACAUCGAAUACCUUAUACACCUUCAGAUAAGAAAGUUGGAGGUUCUAAUAAAGAAUGGUUCAAGCUCACUGGAGACAUAUAUCCUUCUCAUACCAUUAGGAUGCCUUCAUCUAUAUCCUGUUUGGUGUCACUUCAGUUUGAUGAUCAGUACUUCUUGGCAAGCUCAAUGGAUGGAUCGAUGAGGCUCUAUGAUCAUCGACUACUCCAUAGGGGUGCUGUUCAAUCUUAUGAAGGCCAUGUGAAUUCUCAUACUUUCAUACAGCUUGGUGUUGAUCCAGCUGAGAGAUUUGUUAUGUCAGGUGGAGAGGAUUGCAAGCUACGUUUGUGGAGCAUCAAGUCUGGUGAACUGCUUUUUGAGGAUAAGUUCGCCGAUUCAGUUCUCUCCACUGUGUGCUAUAGAACAUAUAAAAGUGGUUUUAAAGCAGAGGAGGAAAACAGAUACAAGCAUGACUCUUCUUUGGGUGCAUGGCUUGGAUCACACCAAGGACUAUUUUAUAUGAACUGGUUAUGACAGUGAAUGGCCCUGCAGGCUGCAGCAAUAGCACCUGUAGCUGCACCUAGGAGAUAAUGUUUUAUAUGACCAAGUUUGGAUACCUCAAGAGCCCAUGCUCAAUGGACUAGAUGCGCGCAAUAUCUGGUAUAUAACCUUUUUGAGGUGAUAGUCUGCUUGCUAACGCCCCAUGGUAAUGGAAAAUGGGUCUUUCUGGACUAUCAGGUUGAUCUUGGCAUGAGGUGAUUAGGUAGCUUGUAGAUAUUUAGUGAAAUUCCCUAUUUAAAGGCUUCAUACAGGAUUAGAGUUGAUACUAACACAUAGUAGAGAUGAUCCAUUUCUCUGUAGAGAUAUUGCUGUUGAAGUAUUUACACACAAUGAAAGGUUGGGGUGAAAACCAAAAAAUAUAAAAAAUAAAAUGUGGUUGUUAUGGCGUUUUUGCCCCUAUGUUACUAUGUUGACCUUGUACCUGUACUGUGAGAAUCUUCAGAUGCUGGUCAGCCAUAGUUGUACUAGUGUCAACUGUGGUACUGUUAAUUGGCUCUUAUUAUUAGCGGGUUAUUUAAGCUUUUAUUUUUUUAAC